GGGCACUUCUACCCCCUUCCUGCCUACAGGGCACUUCUACCCCCUUCCUGCCCACCGGGCACUUCUACCCCCUUCCUGCUCCCCAGGGCACUUCUACCCCCUUCCUGCCUACCGGGCACUUGUACCCCCUUCCUGCCUACAGGGCACUUCUACCCCCUUUCUGCCUACAGGGCACCUCUACCCCCUUCCUGCCCACCGGGCACUUCUACCCACUUCCUGCCCCCGGGCACUUCUACCCCCUUCCUGCCUUCCGGGCACUCCUACCCCCUUCCUGCCUACAGGGCACUUCUACCCCCUUCCUGCCUACAGGACAUUUCUACCCCCUUCCUGCCUACCGGGCAC